AUGCCUUCCGCGCAGCAGCUGCAACAGGACUUCGCAUCGCGCGACAUCUCGUUCCAAUACUCGCAACUCUGCUUGACCUCCAACAGUCCCUCUGGUAUCUAUGUCUCCCUGGACGACGACGACACGCAUCUCUGGCACGGCGUGAUCUUCGUUUCUGGCGGUCCAUUCAACGGGGGCAUCUUCCGCUUUGACAUCGUCUUCCCCGCCAGCUACCCUUCGUCGAUACCGCAAGUGUUCUUCCCGCCAACACUGCUACAUCCGCUCGUGGACCCUGACUCAGGUCGACUGCUCUUGUUGUCACGCUUUCCGACAUGGAACCCAAGGAGGGACUUUGUCAGCCACAUUCUACAUUUUGUCAAGAGUGCCUUUGAGGAAGAGACGCUGGAAGGACUCUUGGAGGGGGCAGUGUCAAAUAAGGAGGUGUACCGCAUGUUCAGAGGGCACAGAGGGCUGUUCGACAGGCUGGCUAUGCAAAGCGUGGCGCUGAGCACAAGUCCGAGUAGUUUGUAUGAUGUCAGUGGCGGAAGUGGGUUCCCCAACUCGAGCGUGCAGACGAGGAAAGGGGGAAGGGUGGGGACGGCGAGGGGCGAAGAGGCGAAUGGUGUACUUUUUAGAAAGCUGGAUGAGGACGAGAUGAUACAGCUGCGGAGGGAGAUCUUUGGUGACGGGGCGGAGGCGGAAGCGGAGGAGGGAUAG